AUGGCAGGAAGUCACUUUGCAGCAGUUACCUCAUGAGGUGUUACGUUAUAUCAGUUUAAUAAGAAGAUAAACAUUGUUUGUCUUAAGUGGAAGGCGUGUUAAUUGACUUAUUAAAACCCCCUUUACGUCCACUCAAGUUUAAUGUCCAGCAUGUAUAUAGAGCUGUCGGACAAAGAUGUGUAGCUAACGUUAGCUCGAGAAUGCUAUUGAUUACAACUUGCUAACUUAGCUAACAUGUAAACAUGCUGCAUCUACGAGCCCUACACGCUCGUCCACAUACACGUGGAUGAAAGACAGCGUGGCGUGAAUAUCCGUAGUUUGUGAGGUCAAACGGCAAGGAUGAAGAAGUGGAACUGGCGAGAAGGGCAGCGACCGCACCGGCGACAAGGUGCUGGUCAGCGGCGCCAUGGCUGGUACAGAGGGAAUAGGCAAAGAUCGACACAGGACGAUGAGUGGUGUGGACAUAAUGAUGCAGGGCCAUCAUAUAGAGGAUCUCAGAGGAGACAUGAAAACCAGUCCGCCUUUUCCUCGUCCACCUCAUCUUCCUCAUCCUCCUCAUCUUCCUCUUCCUCCUCCAAGGCCAGCAGUGCUGCACCAGAGCUUCCUGGUUUCUACUUUGACCCAGAGAAAAACCGGUACUUCCGCCUGUUGCCAGGACAUAACAACUGUAACCCACUGACCAGAGAGCAGUUGCAAGAGAAAGAACGAGAAAAACGGAGAAACAAGAUGCUCGCAGAGGAUGAAAAGCCCAGAAAAAAAGCACCGAGAACAGGACUGAACACUUCGCUGCUGCUGCAGAAAAGGCAGCUUGGCCUGUUAUCUGGGAACUCCUAUUGCAGGCUGGUCCAUGAAGUGAAGGUCAGCGGAAUGAGACGCCACAAACUGGAGAUCCAGAGCACAGACAACAGCAACCCCAACACUGACAACUUCAGACUCAUAGUGGGGGACUCUGCAUGUGAGCGAGUGUUCACAGUCAAUGACGUGUCGCACGGAGGCUGCAAGUACGGCAUCAUGAACUUCAGCAGCAGCAGCCGGGGAUCUCUGUCUGUGGAAAUGUGUGACAACCUCUACUUCACCAACCGCAAGGUGAACUCCAUCUGCUGGGCGUCAGUCAACUACCCAGACUCCCACGUUUUGCUGUGUCUGGUAGGAGUGGCAGACACCCCUGGCUGCGUCAGUUUACUUCCUGCUUCCCUCUUCAGUAACUCCAACCCAGACCAGCCCGGGAUGCUGUGUAGCUUUAAGAUAUCCUCAGCCUGGUCUUGUGCGUGGUGUCUCAACCCCCAGUUUGACAAGACCUUCAGCACCGGCCUGUCCCGUAGGGUGAUAGUGAAAGAUGCAGAGACGGGCCGAACGCAGACGUACAGCACUGGCAGCGAUGUCUUGGCUCAGCAGUUUGCCCUUAGGGUCCCUGUGCUGUUUAAUGGCUGCCGAUCGGGGGAGAUCUUCAGCAUUGACCUGCGGCAGCGCGGGCGCAGGGAUCAGAGCUGGAAGGCCAGCCGCUUCCACCAAGAGUCAGCCAUCACCUCUGUGCGCGUCCUGCAGGAUGAGAACUACCUGCUAGCUGCCGACAUGCUGGGCCAGAUUAAGCUGUGGGAUGUGCGGGUGACAAAGCCAGUGCAGGAGUACAAAGGACACUAUAAUGAACACGCCUACCUUCCCAUCCACGUCAAUGAGCCUGAGGGGCUUUUGUUGGCAGUUGGUCAGGAUUGCUACACAAGGUUAUGGAGCCUAAAAGACGGCCACCUCCUGAGGACUAUCCCAUCACCCCACCCGGCCGCAAACGACCUGAUACCGAGCGUCGUCUUCUCAUCCAAGUUGGGUGGCUGCAGGGGCCUCCCCGGCCUGCUCAUGGCUGUCAAACACGACCUUUACUACUUCCCAUACAACACCGACUACCAGGAGGGAGGAGAGCAGCAGGCCGGCUUUUAGGAAAAGACUGAAAAUGCUUUAUUUUACAUCAUUUCUAAAAACAAGGACACCUUUUUUUUGACAAAUGUGUGAAUGGAAGUACAUUCGUAUACAAAAUCUGUCGGCGUUUUAUAUAGUUGAAAGGGUUCAGCCAGUAUGCAGCUCAUUUUCACAAGGUUGUGCUGAGCUUUUGAUUGGAAAUAUGACCUCAGAAGAGCUACACUGAAGUCUCAGGGGAAUGUUAUUUUUGACCGGCUUGUUUGUGCCAAAAGGAAAUCCAUGUGCUGCAUACACACAAUUACAACAGUUAAAAUAGUGCUUUCUGUAACCGUUACAAGUGCACUUAUGCCAUGGUUGGUUUUACUUUAGAUUAGUAAUGAUAGAUUACUUUCUAAUGUAUUCUAAGAUGUCUCUGAUCUGAAUUUGAAAAGGACAAAACUGCCUUUAGACAGAAAAUCGCGUUUUCUAAUUGUUGUUGAAUGAUAACACAAUGAUCUCUUGCAGUGUAUUUGCUCCUAAAUGACACACACAGAGACUGAGUUUCUGCUGUUUAAUACAUACUGUAUGAGCAUACAUGAACAUAAAGGUAUUGAUUUGUUCCUUG